AUGUUUGAGCAGGAGCGGCUUCAGGACCGAUUGAAGUUUGGAACUUCUGUCUUCCACGCAUACGCCCAUCGCUGGCCAUGUCAAUUGCAGUGGAAUCCAAGGAAAAACCAAGGCUGGGGUCGUUCCGACGGUGAAGGAUCUGAGCAAGUUUGGGCUGUACUGGACCCUUUAGUUAGCACGGAGAGGUACUCGACCAAACAGCAUUGCAUGGAUGCUAUUCACAUGCGAGCUGCUCACUUCCAUUCAAACCUUCGCCAUUCAGCUGUGGAUUCUUUGAAUCCCAAACGCAAGGACACAAUUAAACGUCUUGAGGAGGCGUCGCAAGCUCUCAACAACAUAGCUCUGACCCACCGCAACCGUGAUGUUACCUUCUUCAAGAAUAAGUGGGAAGAACAAAAAGCUAGGCAGCUAGAGGAGAUGACCGAGUCCAAGGCAGAAAAGAGGGAGCGCCUUGAAAUGAUGCUGGCUUUAGAGGAGGAGUUGGUUCAGGCGAGGACAGUACACCUUGCUUUGAGAUGUUGCAUCCACUUUUUGGUUAUAGCAAGAACGCAUGCUGAAAAGAAUGAACUGAUGUCAUUGCCGACAUUGGUGGCUGACAUAGAAGAGCAAACCAAAAACUUUGCGACCGCCCUUGGAGGUGAAGAGUUUCAAAACCUCGCUGGGGCUACUUGCAACCAAGAGAAUGCGGUCCUGUCCUUAGCUAUUGCAAGGGGGAACCUCUACGAAGCCAAAGUGGGCCUUGUGGAAGCAAGGCUGCGUCGGCACCGGCACUCUGGAGCCCGUCAACAACAAUACAUUGCAAAGCAUCUACGGAACAGAACCAGCAACGUCCGUGUCAAGUAUAAUACGUAUAAGAGGCAGGUAGAUAAAUAUGUAGAUGAUUAUCCAGACGCUAAUCCACCACAUUUGCCUGAGCUGGGUGAGAUCAUGACAAUGGAGAUGGAUGAUGAUUUCUGGAACCGCGGCGAAAUCAAACAGGAAGCUGGUGAAGAGGGUGAGAUAACUCGCUUAGGCAUCAACAGCUUCUUAACUCAGCGUAGUUCGCGAGAAGAGCUACGACGAAUUGCACGUGAAGCUCAUCAGAUGACAGCAUGGUCCAACAUGUACUAUGGUCGCAUAGUAUCCCUCAAACACAAAGUUGAUCAAGCUGUUGGAGCAGUCCAAGUUAUGCUGUUGUCACUUCAUAGCAUCGUGAAGAAACAGGCAUGCAACCUAUGGAAGAGAUGGGGCUUUGAUCUUCAAAAAGAACUUCAAGAAACAUCCACCUAUGUCAAUGUUGAUAAUGAUCAUUACAAGAAAAUGAAAGACGAUUUUGAGAAGGUAACUGAUUGGGCAGAGGAGGAGUGGAGAAUGCUGGCUGGGAAGCCAGCCUUACGUGCUGAGGAGCCAGACAUGUUUGAGCAAGAAGAAGACCUAUUAUAUGAACAGUUGUACGAAAAUUUUGGGGAACUCAGAGUAUAA